GUCCAUUCCUGUGCUCCAAGGCCCGGCCGUCGUCGUUCGUGGCCUUAGCACGCACGUAGACAGAUGCGUGUGCGUACAUGUACGCCACGACCUUCGGCCCUCGAGCACCAUUUUUGUGACUCCCCUUCACCUCCCGCUCCCGUCCCCCCCGCUUGAGAGUUCAGUACAAAUGUUCACCGGCGUGUGAAAGCAGAAUCGUACUUCUUCAAUGACGGUGUCGGAGUGCAGCAACGGAUCCUUCACGGAUGAUUUGGUACCUGUUGUAUCCCUUUCGAGGUACGACUGAACCGCCUGUCCUCUCUGUCGACCAUCCGUUACGCCGCGCUUUCUUUCGCUAUGGCUACGCCGUCGCACGGCAUUGGCUCACCUCCAUCCUUCUUUCCAUCACGGUAGCGGUUUUUCUCUGCUAUCCCGUCUUCUUCCUGUACGAGAACCCGACCUCGGGCUUCUCCAAGCUCCCGCUGCAUGUUUGGACUUCAGCAAGGCGUUACGAUGGAGCACCAAAUGUCGAACCGGACGUCGUUGUUCGACAAGUAUGGCUGCACGGAGACUACAUGGGCGCGCUUCACAAGAGAGUCUUGUUGGAGGCUCUACGGGUGCAGGAUAUCAUGGUGCGGCAGUCCUCUGGACCCUUGAAGAGUGGAGAAGCGAUGGAUGAAGAGUCGGAGGACGUAAGCAUCACACCUACGCAGGCCGACCGGCGUCGUGAUUUUUGCGCAGUGAACAACGCUGGACCCGAGCACUGGGGCCUUCAUUCUCCCCUCAUGUUCUGGAACUGCUCAGCAGUGGCCAUUCGGGAUGACGACGACGUGCUCAACACCAUCAAUGCGCAGGCGAAUAGGAAAAGUUAUCUCAACCUCACAUUGCGACCUACAUCCGUCCUCGCGGGCAAAUCCUUCGUCAAGGACAAAGUAGUCGCCGCGGACGCACUUGUUCUGACCUUUUUCGACCGCUCCGCGAGUGGCUCGUCGCGGGAAUGGGACCAGCGCAUCAAUCAACUGUACGCGGAUUCCAUCGAACGGGAUAAUUCGCUUUACCCUCGGGAUGGCCGUGUUCAUCAAAGCCGUUUAUAUGAGUUUCAGCAGAAGCCUCUCAGUAUCCAGGACAAUUUCUUCUUGCUGAGCGCCUAUUUUCUCAUGGCCUUGUACGUCAUAGUGAGCUUGGGCAAACUGCGGGCUGUGAAAAGCUGGGCUGGUCUACUCGUCGCCGUCAUGUUCGAGCUUGCCAUUUCCAUAACUGCAAGCUUUUCCGUCUGUGGAUUCCUCAAGAUCGAUCUGGCUCGAAUACCAGAUGCGGCGUAUCCAUUCGUCGUCCUUGUCAUGGGUCUUGAGAACAUGUUUCGGCUGAUCAACGCCGUCCUGUCACAAAAACCCGAACUUCCUGUUGCACAGCGUAUUGCCGCCGCGCUCAGUGAAGUCGGCCAUCUUUCUCUUGCAACAGCUGCGCAGAUGCUCUUUAUACUCUGGGUUUUGGCCAAGAUUGCGUCUGGUAUCGCUCCUUUCUGCGUGUUUGCGGCCAUUGCACUUGUCUUUGAUUUUGCCUUCCACCUUACGUUCUUCCUCGCUGUGCUUAGCGUCGAUGUACGUCGAAUGGAGCUUCAAGAUUCCAUAGAUCGUAUGAAGAACACGAAUCCCAGGCGGAAGUCCAGCACAGCGCGACAAGAACGACAAUACUGGUUCUACGCACUUUUGCAAGGCCGUUUGCCUUUCAGUAGUCGGAUUGCUGGAUCAGCAAUUUCAAUUUGCUUCAUAUUGGGGCUGAAUACGCACUUCUACGAGUCCAGCAGCAGUUUACAUUCCCUACUUACUUCCCUAAGGUCUAUGGUCGUCUCUGACUCAAGUCGUCACGAUCCUCAAUAUUUCGCUCCCCCCAUCAAUCAAGCAAGGACGCCCGCGAUGUGGCUCCGUAUUCAGGACUACCGCUACGCGCAAGAAGUUCUCAAGUAUGUGAAGCCCUCUGCGAACGCCAUUGUGGCACGUGUCUACGACCCCCUAGUUAUUGUGCUCAAGGGAUCGAAUCGACGAGGAGAGCCAGUACAAGAAGCUUCUUUCCUUGCAUUGCUAUGGAGUCUGUUUCGGAAACACCUAUACCCAUUUUUAUUAGUGGCCAUAUUCUCGGUUGCUUUUGUCACGCUUUUGAUGCAGUAUCUACUGUGGAAUGAGCUUCCAGAAGAAGAAGAAGAUGCAGUUGGUGAAGCAUCGAUUUCGUCCAGUCUAAAAGUUGAGACAUUACCAAAGUCACAUAGGCUUGACAUCAUACAGCUCAAUGCUUGCAACAAGGGCCACUUGAUUUCUGUAAGCCUGGAUAAGCUGAUUACAUUCUCACUCUUCGAUCCACGGACCCAGACGUAUUCUCUGAGCUCUGCUCUUGCAACGGCUAUGACCCCUCCCGUCUGGCCGAUCAUAGGCCUGGCUAUCGAUGAAAAUGGUCAGUUGGCUGCCAUUUGUGGUUCAAAAGGUAACGUGGUCUUCUGGAGCAUGGCCGAGCGACGACCCGUCCACACCACUCAGAUUGACCUCAAAGAUGAGCGUAUAUUGCUCCUCACCUUCUUGGCUUUACAACGCGAUGACGAAAGCCAUUUGUUCCUUAUCGUUGGCACUGCAAGUGGGUCCGUAAGUAUCAUAGAUCCACAAACCCCAGAUGCGCAAACAACCCUGGUCACCGUUAGUAGCGAGAGGAUCACGCUUGCAACGGCAUUCCGAUCGAGACUUGGCGCGAGCAUUGUUACAUUGACCAAGAGCGGCAAGAUUCGAAUGGCGACGCAACAAAGCAAAAACAAUUGGUCUUGCGUUGCCAUUGAAAAACUCGAUUCAAGACUUUCACCGGCUAGCCAGGAAGGUGUCAUCAAGUCUGUUGCAGUAGCUCCCGCAAUAAGUCUAAUGGCUGCUGUCCGCUUGCGAGUCGUUGACCUCAUCGAUGUCAAGUCAAAGACACUGAUCCACUCCUUCCCAGCCAUUCUCGUGCGCGGUCACUCUCUACGUGUUCUGCACACACCUCCUCGACGGUGUAAAACAUGUGACGGAAUUGCUGUCCACAGCCUCAGUCUUGCGUACACUGACUUUGAAUCUCAGUCUGUGGUUAUGCGCCGCUACGCUAUAUCCGAAGAACCUAGCGACUUAGUUUGUCUUCGUCCCAGAUUGGCGGGAAGGAGCUAUGCGUGCUGUGGGCUUUUGAAUGCAAAGGAGCAUAUCUCUGUUGUAGAGCAUCCCGGCAGCUGGGAAGCGACGGGUUCUCGGACACUGAUUGGCCUGAAACUCAAGUCGUCGGGGGCCGAUACGCCUCUGUCAACUAGUUCGACGACCUCCGGCUUCGAAGCUCCGCGCUUUAACAUCCAGGCAUUUGACACACUUAAAAAGCGUAGCGCAGCUGAUGGGCAAUCUAGAUUGGGUGGCUUUUUGAACCUUGAAAAGAGUGGUCAAGGCUUGCAGAGUGACAGAGAUGACUGGGAGGUAUGGAGCCUGUCACCAAACGGCGACUUUUAUGCCGAGCCUCUGCACUCUGCCUCAGAAACAGACCAUGCACAAUCAGUCGGCGAGGAUGAGCUUCUUGUGGCUGCGCCAGGUCCUAUCGUACGCUUGGGUCAAAGCAGCGUCGCUGUUGGAUUCGGAAACCGAGUCAAGUUCAUCACAAUGGGCACUGAGCGAUUUGAUAUCGACACGGGCGACUUUCACGACUUUACUAAACCGGUCAGUACGAGAAGGAAAAAGCCGUUGAACAAGCGCAGCGCGUGACUCGCCGUGAAGAAGUAUAGUUGAGGAUUUCACUGGAUCAGAGUUUCAAAGGCAAUGUAGGAUAUCAACGUUAUCAUGAACUUAUGGACGCUUAUGAAUUCUUACUGAGUUUGAACGAGAGAUUUCGGGGCUCCCAAUGGAAGCAAUUUGAGCCCGAGCAGUUCAUUGGCAAUGGGAAAUGCUGGAGCCCCCCCUUCCCCCCUCCCUUUGGCAGUAAUUUCCUGGCUUGACUCUUCUUUCGUGCGCGCGUUCAAAUGAGAAAAAGAAAGUGGACAUGCUACAUGCUCUGAAAGUUUCAUUUUGCCCUGGACAAUCCAUUUAGCCCUAAGUGAAGUUAGGAAACAAGAAUCCC